AUGUCAUCGGCGCCUUCCCCAAAUAGUCUCACGAAACUUAUUACCACCACGUCGCAUAGCAUUGCUGCCAGAGACACCAACACCCCAGUUGUCAGAUCACAUUAUGUGACGCUGACCGUGUCCCGGAAUUCGCGGAUCGAACUAACAACCAUUCUACUUGGGACUGUCACCAACUACCCUGACCAGUUCCAAGCUGGCGGACUCGCCGCUGGCGCGACUGCAGAGCCAGGCCGUGGGGUCUCAGCUGCCACCUCCUCCACCGGGGCACUCGGAAGUGUCGAGACCGCUAUAAUCGCCAUCGUCAUUAUCCUCACGGCCAUCACGGCCAUCGCCAUGUGGUGCCUAUGCCGGAGAUAUCGAAGACGAAAGCCGCGUCCCAGGAGUGGCGGUAGUUCUUCGUCGUCAACACGGCCGACGACACCCAAGCCGACCCCAUGGUCGUUCUCGAGACCAACGACGCGCCCGUCGAAAUGCUUCCAUUGCCAGCACCACCGCUGCCACCGGGGCCGAGGGCUGCCUGGACCGCCGGGCCCGCCUGGGGCCGAUGGUGUCCAGGGGCCACAAGGGCCGCAAGGGAUUCAAGGAACACAAGGAGUACGGGGGCCUCAGGGGCAACAGGGGUCACAGGGAGAAAAAGGACAAAGGGGAGAAAGAGGAGAAAGGGGAGAAAAGGGAGAGCGAGGCGACAAAGGAGAGAAGGGCAGCAAGGGUGACGCUGGACCUCAAGGGCCCGCUGGUCAACCUGGCCUUAUAGGCCCUCAAGGUCUCCCAGGCCUUCGUGGUGCUCAAGGAGAUCCCGGUCAGACAGGUCCUCCUGGACCGCAAGGCUCAAGAGGAUCACCAGGCCCCGAGGGCCCAGCAGGCCAGGUUGGAAACGACGGACGACCGGGGCGGCCAGGGGAUACGGGACCACCCGGGGCACGCGGGGAGCGUGGAAGCCCCGGGCCGCCAGGUCCUCCCGGGCCCCCUGGGAACGACGGAGAUCCCGGGCUGCAAGGACGUAGCGGGGCGGAUGGCCCCGAAGGAAAGAGAGGGCGUUCCGGGAGACGGGGGCACCCCGGCGAAGAUGGCGUCGAUGGAAAGGACGGCAUUAAUGGUCGGGAUGGUAUCGACAGCAAAGAUGGGAUUCCAUACCGCCAUGUAUACUCUGGGCCACCCGGAACAACCACCGCCCCCGUCAACGCCUCCGUUGGAGGCCCCUCGUCGUAUGGAUAUCCAAGUCAUCGCCACUCAUUCGGUCACCCUGGCUAUCGGGACACGGUGAUUUCCAACCGGCCAAAAGGCAAUGGAACCGCAGGGGUCACUACGCCCGGAGGCGCCCUUGAUCCACGCAGUGGUGGCUAUGGACCAUCAGCUUCUGGGCCCGGCGCAAACGGUCACUACGUUUUUGGGGGUAUAUACGGAAGAAGUUGGAAGACUUAG